AUGGCAAUGGGCGUAUCGUUUCCGUCACACUCGCUCCCUUGUCGGAGUCUUUCCGGCUUUGAUAAGAAGGAUCUGUAUCAUAUGAUUUUAAAGUUUACAGAGCACUCUCGCAAACCCCGAGCUCUUCAUUCCUUUAAUGUGUGUGAGGAUAAAUUGCCCCUAAAUGGUUUUGUGGCCUGCGCAAUAGUGUCAUCACCAGAAUUCAUUCCAGAGCAGCACGCUCCAAGAGAGCGUUCGAGAGUGUCCUCCUGUCUCAGUCGACUCUAUCAAAGUCUUGCAAACCUCAUUCGCUGGUCGGACCAAGUGAUGCUGGAGGGGGUGAAUUUGGAAGAUAAAGAAACAGUUGCAACCGUCACCACUGUGAUCAAAGCAGUGCUGGAUGGUGUGAAGGAGCUGGUCAAAGUCGCCAUUGAGAAGCAGGAGCACCCCUCCCCUACAACACCUGUCAAAACCCUGCUUCCUGCUGCCAGUCCACAGCGAGAGCCCCCUGUCAUUGAGUCGAAGGAAACGGUCUUGGAUGAUACCCCUACCCCAGCCGAGGCCACAGAGACCCCAAAUGAUGUUCCUGAUGAGGAAGUGGCCCCUCCUAAACCCCCUCUACCUGGACUCAAAGUGCCUGAACAUUGGAGCUGGUCAAAGUUGCCAUUGAGAAGCAGGAGCACCCCUCCCCUACAACACCUGUCAAAACCCUGCUUCCUGCUGCCAGUCCACAGCGAGCCCCCUGUCAUUGAGUCGAAGGAAACGGUCUUGGAUGAUACCCCUACCCCAGCCGAGGCCACAGAGACCCCAAAUGAUGUUCCUGAUGAGGAAGUGGCCCCUCCUAAACCCCCUCUACCUGGACUCAAAGUGCCUGAACAUUGUCCACAGCGAGAGCCCCCUGUCAUUGAGUCGAAGGAAACGGUCUUGGAUGAUACCCCUACCCCAGCCGAGGCCACAGAGACCCCAAAUGAUGUUCCUGAUGAGGAAGUGGCCCCUCCUAAACCCCCUCUACCUGGACUCAAAGUGCCUGAACAUUGUCCACCGGCUCUCCCCCCAAAGAAGCGUCAGUCGGCACCGUCUCCCACAAGGAUUGCCGUGGUUGCGCCAAUGAGUCGUACCACAAGUGGAUCAAGUCUUCCUAUUGGUAUCUGUCGACAGUUACCCACAGUACUGAAGUACAUGCAGUUUAUGGAGGACUAUUCUGAGCCACUGCCUUCCGUUUUCUACCAGACACCACAGAGUGAAAGCAUUUACGAGCAGCGCAAUAGGAAGCGUUUUCAGGAAGUGUACGGUCUCAGCGACUCCUUCAGCAGCAGUGAUGAGACCCUCCCUCCGCCAGCACUGCCACCCAAACAGAGACAACUGGCUUCCUCACACUCUGCAUCUCCUUCCUCCUCCUCUUCCUCCUCUCUGUCGGGUCAGCUGCAGCAGUGUGCGUCCGGGCCUGGCCCUGGUGAGACAGAAAGCGCUCUCAGCCUUUCUGCAUCUAACUCCUGUCUGAACCACCAGGGCUCCCUGCCUGUCCCUACGAGCGAAAGUGCUAAUGAUGAAGGUGGGGAGGGUGAAUACGUCAAUCUGUAUUCAUCCAACCAAGCCAAUGGAGAUGUGAUUCUCUCCAAUGGAGACUCUUCUUGUGGUGCUGAGGACUCACUCCAGGACUCGGCUUCAGAACACAGCAAAGAUCCGGCCGACAGAGAAGGCUGGAAGCAGAAGUGUGUGGAUUCAGAGUUGACCUCAGAAGAGGUGGAUGAGCUCUACGUGAUGGACCAUGACGAGAUCAUGUCUCAUUUAACACUAAAGCAAGAGAACGAUGACGGCCCUGACGUCAGAGCUGGAUCAGGUGAUAUUUUAUUGGUCCACGCCACCGAAACAGAUCGCAAAGAUCGAGUUUUAUACUGUGAAGCUUUUUUGACCACAUACCGAACGUUUCUAGCCCCAGAGGACCUCAUUAAAAAGCUCCGCUAUAGAUAUACCAGAUUUUCUCUCAGCUCUGACAUUAUCAAACAACGAGCUAGUAAAAACACCUUCUUCGUGCUGGUGCGUGUCGUGGAUGAGCUUUGUUUGGUGGAGCUGACAGAAGACAUCCUGAAGCAGCUCAUGGAGCUUGUGUUCAAUCUGUUGUGUAAUGGUGAGCUCACCCUGGCCCGGGUUCUGCGCAAGAACAUCCUGGAUAAAGUCCAGCAGAAGAAGUUGCUGCAGUACACUAAUUCCCUCAAAACGCUGGCUGCACGAGGUGUGGCCGCCAGGCCUGGCACUCUGCAUGACUUCCGUAGUCAUGAGAUCGCAGACCAGCUGACUCUCCUCGAUGCAGAGCUGUUUUAUAAGAUAGAGAUCCCAGAGGUGUUACUUUGGGCAAAGGAACAGAAUGAGGAAAAGAGCCCCAAUCUGACCCAGUUCACAGAGCACUUCAACAACAUGUCAUACUGGGUUCGGUCCUUAAUAAUCCAGCAAGAGAAAGCCCAGGAUCGGGAAAAACUACUUCUAAAGUUUAUCAAAAUUAUGAAGCACUUAAGAAAACUCAAUAACUUCAACUCCUACUUGGCAAUAUUAUCAGCGUUGGAUUCAGCGCCUAUCAGAAGACUGGAAUGGCAGAAGCAAACGUCAGAGGGUUUGGAGGAAUAUUGCACUUUAAUUGACAGUUCCUCCUCCUUCCGGGCGUACAGAGCAGCUUUGGCGGAUGUGGAGCCUCCAUGUAUACCGUAUCUAGGCCUCAUUCUCCAGGACUUAACUUUUGUGCAUCUUGGGAAUCCUGACCUCAUCAAUAGAAAGAUAAACUUUUCCAAACGCUGGCAGCAGUUCAAUAUCCUGGACACUAUGAGGCGCUUCCAGCAAGUGCACUAUGACCUCAAACACAACGACGACAUUGUCUCUUUCUUCAACGACUUCAGUGACCAUCUAGCUGAGGAGGCAUUGUGGGAGCUCUCUUUGAAGAUCAAACCUCGCAACAUCACUCGCCGGAAAACAGAACGAGAGGAAAGGACGUAGCUCGCUCUGCUAGAACAACAAACUGCUUUUAAAAGCCACUCUCCUCUGACGUUGCAAGACACAGCGAUCACAAAUGACUGUAAUGGCAGCUACGAGACUGGAAACUGUAUUUCUGUUACGGUUUACGGAAUCUUUUUUUAGCAAAAAAAAAAAAGGGCGAUUAGAUUUUAUUUUGUAAUUGCACUGCAUCUGAACCUGUGUGUAAAUUUGAAGUGGAACAGUGGCAAGCACAAAGACAGAAAGCAUGACUCUGAUAUGUGAGAUUACAUGGUUUGAGAUCGUAACCUGGGAUUUACGGUGAUAUUCCGGGACCGUCUCGCCAUCUGGAUGUUUGCGGUGCAAUGUGGAAUAACAACUGCGACUCCAACUGCAAACUGAUACCAUGAUGCCUCAGUGGGCACUUUGGAUGUUGAAGUUCCUUGAAGACUGAUAUUUUUAUUUAUUUAUUUUGUAUGUAACAAAUGCACAUAAAGACUCUUUGGGUUUAGGGGGAUUGCUGUAAACUUAGCUGCUGGAUUGAACAGCUUGAAGCGUGUAUGAUAAUAGGUCAUUAUGAGGACACACAGUCACUGUUAUUAAUAGCACUAUCAGGAUUUUGUUGCUUAUUCUGCCAGAUUAACACAGUAUUAGGGUUAAUUCAAAAGGCACUUUUCUGGAUUUGAGUUUCAAAUUUUGUUACUAAAAUUCUUUAAACACGAGUGCCAAUUUUAAUGUGCACUAAGUUCUAGUAACUAUGGAAACCUGUUUCCCCCAUUAGAAAAAAAAAAGACAGU